CCUUUUGGUCUUUUCCGUGCCAAAAUUGAGAUCUCGAUCCAAUCUCGAUUGCGGUCGGUUCGUGCCCUAGAUCCUCGAUUCGAAGGCGCAUCGCGUCCGAUUUCGUUAUCUAUCCCGUUUUGAUUGUUACCGGUUCUUGUUAUGUUCGUCAGCCUUGCUCUGCUGUUUUGAAAAUUAUUGUCCGUGAUUCCUGUUUCCAUAUCUGUAGAUCUAGAUUUGCAAGCUGAAUUUGUUUGUUUUUUUGUUGAUUGAUCAUAAUACUUUUUAGCUGGGGCUAAAUCGAUUAUUUGUUUGGGGGUUCGAGCCUUAGAUCCGUAUGAAGAUUUUAUUUAUAGGAAUUGUUUGAUCCGCCGGCUUCCAGAUUUUGAUUUGUACCGAACGAUCCUUCAAAUUGAAGGCUUCAGUAUUCCUUGUUUUAUAAUUGUUUUGUUUAUAGAGUUCUCGAAGUGAUUAAGUGCUCUUAUUUACCUUCAUAUUCUUGUGCCCGCCGUCCCCGAUAUAACAAAUUCUGAAAUUUAUGCAACUACUGGUGGAUUGGAGCUCGUAUUUUCUUCGGGCAUUCCUUUGGAUCAGCUAUUGAGAGAUUGAGAAGGUGUAAUUCUGGAAAUCUAACAAUUUUCUACGAAAGAAGAGAUGGGAAGCAUAAAACGUAGUUUAGUUGUCCAGACCAGAAUGGAAUGCCUUUCAUAUAGAUUGAAGAUGUACAACAGGCAGCCUUGUGUUACUGACGACUCAUACCAGCUUUCCCACGAACACCUACGGCAAUUGGAGUGUGCCGGCCAUUUUCGCUCAUCAACAGAAGUUCCUUCGUUUAAGUUUGUUUCUGGGAAACAGCAAUUGGCAGGUUUUGUGCGUGUCUCUGCGUGUGUGUGUGUGUGUGAAGAUGGAGAACAGGAUUGUUUUGACAGCGGGGCUGACUUGGGGUUCAGGGUGAGAACUGAUGACAUAUCCAGUGUGUUUACUGCAAGUGUGCUUGACUGCACCCUUAACCCUUCAAUUGCCUCCGAAAGCUCCUUGGGAACUGCAGUCAUCGAGAAUGGCAAACGGCCGUCGAUCCAUUUUUGUGAUGAAAUGGCGAAUAAGCGAGCCAGACAAGAGGAUCAAGAGGCAAAGUUGGAACACUCAGAUGGAAACUCUUUCGUCAGCAUCCCCCCUGAGGGAAAACAUCCAGAGGAGGCAGAGUGGAGAAACCAAACAGCCAUUGUGGAUACUAAUGUUAAAGGCUUCGAAGCAGGAGGCGAAGUUCAUCACCAAAUAACUCGAUCCGAUCCGCCGGAAGAUGUUUUUUUCCAGUUUUCGGAUCAUUUCCAUUGGAGACAUGUCCCCAUCGGACCAGAUCAUCAAGCUGAUCUUCCAAAUUUUACAUCUCCAGAUUCUAACUCGUCCUCAAUCAAUCUAAUGAUGUCAUAUGCCAGUCAUGAUGAAGCUAGCGAUAAGUGGCUGGGAACCAUCGUCAGCCCUAUGCCAGACCCAGACUCUAUCGCUGCGGAAGCUCGAAUCUGUCACCCUAAGAUCGUUUGCGACUGCGCCGAUGAAGGUUCUAUCAAAUGUGUGUGGAAACAUGUGACGGAAGCCAGGGAGAAGCUCAUCAAAGAGCUGGGUGAGGAAGAGUUCAUACAACUAGGAUUUUCCCACAUGGGAGAGACAGUAUCCCAAAGAUGGACUGAAGAGGAGGAGAACCUUUUCUAUGAUGUGGUGCAAUCGAACCCCGAAUCGGCAGGCAGAAACUUCUGGGUCAUGCUCCGCAAGCCUUUCCCAUCGUCCAGUUUCAAAGAGUUGGUCAGCUACUACUUUAAUGUCUUCAUUCUCCGGAAAAGAGCCCAUCAGAACCGGUUCGACCGGUCGAAUGUUGAUAGUGAUGAUGAUGAGUGGCGAGAAAGCGGCGAUAUGGAUUUCCCCGAUGAAGGUGAAGAGGAAGUGAAGUCUGUAUUGGGGUCACUUCCGGUCGAGAAUGAUGACUCUCAUCCCGUCGGAACUGACGAGGAGGAAGAUUACAGAGCAUUGCAAACCUUGGAUGGAAAUUCAGCACAUUCUACGUCUGAUUAUGAGCAUAAUGAUGGCAAUGGUGAUUCAAAUCCAUAAAAAAAUCAACUGUGUUGAAGGCAGAUGGCGAAGAGAAGGGGAUGAUCUUCAGGAAAAGAUGGUUCUGGUUUCAGCUGAUUCUAAUUUGAACUCAUCUGCAAAGCUGAAAAAAUGAACUGCAUUUGCAAUUGAUGGCGGUGGAUCAAUCGCAUCAUCCAUUUUUUUUCCGGCGAAUCCAUGCUGGCCUGCCUUCUCUUUCUGACAAUCAUAAUUCAUGAAUCUGCUGAGGAAUUAAAAUAUUCUUUCUGUUGUAUGUUUUCUUUUAUUUUUUUGUAAUUUUAUUUUUGAAGGGAUAAAUAUUUCGUUGUUAGAGGAAAAAUUGUUAUGGACGUUUUAAGUAGAUUAGAGUAAUACGUAAUUACUAUCCCA